CUCGUCACUCCCCAUCUCGUGAGCCAGUCCUGCGGCGGCAAGAAAUCGACGCGCGGCGCCCGGAGACCAGAGGCGGCGGUGGUGGCGGAUCUUUUCUGGACGGCAGCGGCAGGUAGCCAGGCAAUGCGAGCAGAAAUAGAAGAAUUUGCGGUCAUGUGCUUCUGAAAAGGAAGAAACGAGAGCAGAAAAAGAGGGUUAUAAAGAUUGCUACAUUCGCCGUGUAAAAUUGCCCCAAAACUGAAUCACAAAAACCCUCUUGGCCCUAUGCCGCCCCGAAGGCUUCGCGAAUCGCCAUCACCGCCCUCGCCGAUUCUCCCCAAGAAACCCAAGAGCCAUGCCGGUGCCGACCUUGCCCACCCCCUGGAGCGCAUCCGCAUGCUGCUGGACAAGUUGCUGCAACACGAGGACGGGUGGGUUUUCGCCAAGCCGGUGGAUCCGCUCAGCCUUGGCCUGAGUGACUACUACUCUGACAUACCCGACGCCAUGGAUCUUGGCACUGUCAGCUGCCGCCUUGAAGGCAAUCGCUAUAUGGACCUGCACUCAUUUGCCAGAGAUGUGAGACUUACCUUCCACAAUGCCAUGGUCUACAACGACAAGGGCGAUGAUGUGUAUGAGAGCGCAGCCGAGCUCUCUGAAAUCUUCGAGUCAGGGUGGGCCUCCAUUGAACAAGUGCUCCCAUCGCCGCCAUCAAUCACCGACCGUAGGAUGAAGCUCAAGAAUGAGCUGCCACGGCUGUCGGAGGGCUUGCAGAGGAGAGCAGUCAUUAUUAUGAAGGACAUAAACGCGUGGCUUCAGGAGGCGAAUGGGAGGGUUCAGGUGGAUUUCGAAAAGGCGGACGAGGCAACUCUUGACAAGCUCGAGCGGCUGGUUCUCUUGGGUGCCAUGCAGCAGCAGGUGCACAUGCAAGGUGACAAGGAUCGGCACAACACAUAAGUCGAUAUUGGGUGAGUGAGAAAAGAGAGCACCGGGGAGAAAGAUAUAUGGUGAGGCGCAGACGCAGGAACUGGAAUAAAGAUGUUGGUGCUCAUUCUGGUGAUGUGUUACAAGAUGUUUGUUGCUGUUAGCUAUUGGAGCACCUGAUGGUUAUUAUUUUGUUCAGAAUUUUAGAGCAGUUGGUAAACUAAUCAAUUGCUUAUGUAGGAGGACAAGGUGCUAUUUUUCUUAAUUAACAGUUUAACUUUUCGCCUUAAGGGUACUUUGCA